CUGAACUCGAAGUGUAAGCACACGGUUUUACGUUUAAAAGUGAGAGAGAAAACGUGAGAAUUGUUUUAAAUAAAUGAAAUAAAGCAACUGAGAAGAAGAAAACUAAAACGCGUUAAAUUUAAUAGAUUUUUUUUUCGAUAUUUUUUGUGGGUCUAAAAUAUAAAAAAAAAAUUGUAUUGUUUUUGCAAAAUCUGGUUUUUUGUUAAUAAAAAAUAAAUAUAACAAUAUAAAUAAAGAAACUACAAUAACACAAAUACGAGUUUAAAAUAAGUAAAAAAAUAUAAAAAAAAAAUUAAAGUGAAUUAUAGAAAAACAGCAAAAAUAUCAAUUUUAGUUUAAUAAAAAAUUAAUAAAAUUUUUGCCAAAAGUCUUUUUUUAAUAAAUUUUUAAUGCGUUUUGUUAAAUUUGUUGCUAUUGCUUUGUUUUCGUGAAUUUCUAUUUAUUAAUAUUAUUAGAAUUGUUGUUGCUAAAUUGUAUUUUUUUCAGCUUUAGUUUGUUUUUUGCUUAAAAGAGGAUUAAUUUUGUGUUAUUGUUGCUGCUGUUGUAGUGGUUUUGUUGCUAAUUUUAAACGUAUUACGUGAGUGUAUUAAACAAAAUCUUAUAGAAAAUUUGUUUUAAAACAAUAAAAAUUAACGAAAAAAAUAAAUAAAGUAAAUAAAACAUAAGCAAAAUACAAAGAGUUUAAAAAGCUAAAAUUCAGCAAAAUUUACAAAAGAGAAAAUUUUAUAUUUACUAUUGUUGAAAUGAAAGUAAUAAACAAAAUUUUUGCUAAAAUUAUAUAAAAAAAAAUUUUUGACAAAAUUUUUUUUCUUAACAAAAAAUAUAUUGUUGCUGCUAAAAGAAACAAAAUACUGUGUGUUUGAGUGUUUUUUUUUUUUUUAAGUUGGCCCAAACAAGUUUUCAAAUAUUCAAGGAAUUUUCGCUUCUCCAACCAGACAACAUUGAAAUCCAAAUUUUCCAGCCUUCUUUUUGUUCGCAAUUCUAACAUCUACAUCAAUUUGUGAAACCCACUUUCAGGAUUACUAUUUAACAAAAUUGUAGCACUUGGAAACCAUGAAAUGAAAUUUUUGGCAAAUUGAAACUAUUAAUGAAAAUUUUUGGAUAAUUUUCAUUAAAACGGCUCAGUGGUACUAAAGCUCGGCAAACAACUUUUGUAAAUUUGUUAAUUCUAUUUUCUGGCUUUACCUAUAUAAUCUCAAAUCAUGCAUGAAAGGCGCGUCAAAAAAAUAAAAGGUGGUCACUAUGUGGCCACUCAUGGUCGCUUAACGCCCGAUCCACCAUAUGUUCAUUCGAAUCGUGGCUAUUCCACCGAUGGCGAAGAAUCUCACCGUGCUCCCUCUGAACGUACAAUGUCCGAGUAUACGAUAGCACACGAACGUACCUCACCUCAGGGCCACUAUCAUUCGUCAAGGAAAACACGCAUUAAUGGUCAUACGAAUGGCUCAACGAAUGGUCAUUAUAAUCAAUCAGUGGUGGACAGUGGCGGUCCACGCUCAUUAAAUGGUCCACCACCAACACGCCUGCCUCCUAGGGCACCUUCUGCCCUGAGUUAUGAUCAUGGCGGUGAUGCGGGCAGUGAUAUAUAUGUAACGAGUGCUGCUUAUAAGGCUCCCUCAGAAAUAAGUCGCUAUAGUCAUCGUCCUCCUUCGAGAGCUCCCAGAAGUGUUUAUUCUGUAGCCAGUACUGCAAAAACUGGUCGUAGUGCUCGCAGCACUACAAAGCGUGGAGCUAAAAUUGAAACGAUGUCAGCUCCAAAUCCUUUCUGUCCCAACGUUAAAGGUGUUUGUUGUUUAAUGCUGCUGCUAAAUUUGGGCAUCAUAUUGGUUACGUUGGGUUUUGUCAUCGUGGUGCAAUUGUAUGAGCCAUUCUAUGUGUGGAUUCUUGGUAUAAUAUUUUUAAUAUUCGGAUUUUUAACCUUAAUCGGUUGCAUGGUCUAUUGUGUGUAUGUGUGCCGAGAUGCAAAAACACCAUCGCAAGUACGCAACGAAGAUCUCUAUUGGACACGACACUGGCAAAAGAAUAUUGGUUAUACACCGCAAGAAAUCAAUUAUAAAGCAGAUAAAUAUGAUGCCUAUUCGGAUCGUUAUUCGGUUAGUAAAAUGAGUGGUAAAUAUUCGGAUAGAGAAAGUAAUCGCUAUUGAAAACUUUUCAAAAGACACACACACAGUAACGAAACUCAAAAUGUAACGAAAAUUAAGCGAGAAUAUUGAAAGAAUUCAAAAGACAUUUCAAAUAAAAAUAAUAAUAAUAAUAAACAACAUGAAUUGUAUUUAAAACGUACCUGCUGCAAGUGACUUGCUAGUUCGUAUGUUUUCUUUUCUAUUUUAUUUUCUUCUUUUAAAAUUUAGUUUUAAGUUUUAAUUAUUAUUUAACAACUAAUUUAGUUAAGCUGUAUUAAAAAUUUAAUUUAAAAUCUAUGAGAAUGCCAUAAUAACCAGUAAACGAAGAAAUUUCCAAAAGGAAUCGUUUAUAAACUACAAGUUCAUAAAUAGUUUUAAACUAUUUUUAACAAACAAAAAUAUAUACAACAAUAGUCAAGUAAAAACUCAAAUAAUAAUUUGAAAUUAUUAGAAAAAUAAUCCUUGUAUAAAUGUGAAUGUAAACGUACUAAUUUUAAAGAAAUAAAUUAAAAAAGAAAAUAGACCCAGUCAACACACAAAUUACACAAGUGAAAAUUUUGUAAAAAUACACUGUAAGAAAAUACUGUUAUACUUGUACGUGUAGGGAAUUAUUUUAAAAGUAUGUACUUAAUUUAAUAUUUAAUCAAAUAAACAAAUAUAAAUUGUUAAUUAGCAUUAAUCGUAAUAUUAAUAACGUUAUUGAUUGAUUUUUAAAUAUAAAAUUGUAAAUAACAUUGAAUAAAAUAAAGAAAAAUAAAAA